AUGGCAGAAGAGACAGGGAAAUCAACAGACAGUAGUGAUAUCUGUGAAAAGUUAUCCUCUCAAAAACGUAACAUCUUGACUCCCAAACGAACUCGCAGAGUAGCAAAGACACAUCACUGUGAUAUUUGCGGAAGUACCUUAACUAAACAUAAGCGUAGCCAUUCAGGAAUCAAACCUUUUAAAUGUGAUAUCUGUGGUAAAUCAUUCUCUUUAGCAAGUCACUUAAACAGACACAAACUCAUUCAUACAGGAAACAAUCCAUAUCACUGUGAUACUUGCUGCAAAUCAUUAUCUAUUAAGGAAAAUUUUAUUGCAGAUAAAAAGCUGAGAAAUGUAUUGCCAUUGAAAAAUGAGAACAUCACUUUUUAA